AUGCCGACGACGGGGAUGCGCGCGAUAUUGCGGCAGCUCAGCCCGGCGGCCUCCCGCAGCGCCGCGCGCUUUCGUGGUGAGCGGGGCGCCUUCGCGUCAUGGUUCCCACCGCUCCCACUCGACGUCUCCAUUGUGGCGUUCAUCUCACCGGCGUCAUCGCACACCGCGUCACAUGGCGAGGCAAACCCCGACGCCAACGGUGGUGGCGCUGGCGCCCACAUGUCCCACAGAAUCCCCUCGCGAUCUCCGCGGAAGACGGGGCUCAUCCAGUCACUGUUCAUCAUCGCAACGCCGCGUGAUACGUGGUGCGGCGCAACAUGGCGUGGCGGUCGCAGUGCGUAG